AUGUCGUUGAGAAAAGUAGGGAAAGCCAUCCGGUCCCUUGGGCAGACGAUUGACCGAGUCGGUGUCAGUUUGGAGGGAAAAUUUACUUACACAGAGCAUCUGAACCCGUCGACGCGUGCUGUCAAGAAUUUGGGACGCUCGCCAGAGUUUGAAGAUGGUGUAUUUGUGGCACCAAAUGCAUCAGUGAUAGGCGAUGUCAAAGUCGGCAAGGGAAGCUCCAUCUGGUACAAUGCUACCGUGCGCGGGGACGUCAAUUACAUUACCAUUGGUGAAAACACUAACAUUCAGGACCAGGCAGUGGUUCAUGUGGCCAAAAUUUACAAGGACAUCCCUACCAAGAUUGGCAACAAUGUAACUGUUGGCCCCGCUGCUAUCUUGCACGCCUGCACCAUUCAGGAUCACUGCAUCAUAGGCACUGGCGCUUUGGUGCUUGACGGUGCUGUAGUCGGAGCCAAGUCUAUUAUUACUGCUGGAUCUGUUUUAACUUAUGGAAAGCAGGUGCCCUCAGGCCAGCUCUGGUCUGGAGUUCCAGCUCGUUAUCUUCGUGACCUCACCACCGAGGAAAUACAGUUUAUGCAACAGUGCUCAUCCGAGUACGCGCAACUCGCAGAAAAACAUGCCCUGGAGUGCGCUAAGAGCUUUGAGGACUACGAAGCUGACACGGAGCGCUAUAAGAUUUUGCGGGAUGUGGGCGAGACGGGUCUUACACCAAAAAGUGAAGAGCGUCAGGACACUGGACUUUAUUUCCGUUAUUAG